CAUGGUACGAGUAUUUGGAGUUCCUCCAUAAAUUUGACUUGUCAUCAUGACAGGAAUUUGUCAAAGAAUUCAAGAUGGCGAAAGCCAGCUUGACGUUCUAGAUUGCAAACACUUCUUAAUUUUUAAUUUAAUUAUUUGGAACUAAAAAUACCCAAUGGAUUUUAUAAGAUUUUAAUUUUUUGCGUGUGUGUAAUUGUGUAACUAAAAGGAAACAGCUCCAGAAGCAAUAAGAUCUUAACAAAAACUAGGUAAAUUAAUCAAGAAGGUCACGCAGAACGAAACUUUUUUUAUUUAACUAGACGAAAAUACAUUAGAAAUAUUAGAAGUGGGUAUUUAUCAAAGUGCCUUCCCCAAGGAAUUGAGUAAAACGAAUAUGAAAAUUAUAAAAUAUACACACAGAGUAUUUGACAAUUGCUAGAGCAAAACAGUAUUUACAUUCUCCUACUGCCUACUUGAUAUAAUAAACUGAAAAAGGACAAAAAACAGAGAAAGCUCCAGGACCUUCUAAAAUAUCUUCAACCAUGGAGGCAAUGCAAUAUGAAAUGGCUCGAAACAUGACACUAUUAUUUUUCUUUGAACGGCUGUUGGACAAAGGGGAACCUAGAACCUUGCAUGAUUUGAGCUGUCAGUUUGGAUCUAAAGGCUUUACAAAAGAAAUGAGACAGAUAGCUGGAGGUAGCCAGAGUGGGCUGAAAAAGUUUCUUUCUCAAUAUCCAGCCUUAUUUUGCAUAGAUGCGGAUUACGUGACCAUCAACGCUUUCCAACAUAAUAGCUGCAAGGAUAGCACAGGUGGCAAGGAUUACAAUACUCAAGCCGUCGAGUACUUCUCAGAGAAGCUCGCGCAGUACGGCGAAGGUACCGAAGUACCGAUCCGCAGCCUUUUAGGCCACAGAUCGCAGGCAAGUCCGGAAGUUCGGCACGUUUCCGGUCAGCAUUUCCACGAGUUCCGGGAUUUUCUGCUCAAACACCCGGAAGCGUUCUGUAUAGACGACGAGAAAGAGACGGUCGUACUGACGAAUUUCAAGGACGUGAAAAGUCAUUGUCCACCCGAGUUGCAUUUUCAGCCGGAGGUCAAGAUUGAUCCUCAGGAGACGCAGACUUUGCUCGAUUUUUUGGCGCAGUGCAUUGAGGUAAAAGGUCCGAUUUUGGUGGAACAACUAUUCCAAGUAGUUAGCUGCAACCUACCUGAAAGCAUGUGGACGAAUCUCUUCAAUACCCCGACUCAUCUCUUGAGUUUCCUUAGGCUGUUUUCAGAUAGUUUCCACAUUCAGUCUAACUUGGUGACACUUUUACAACCACCAAGGAUCAGCCAAAAACACAUUUCAGCUCAGGUUGAAUUGAUCAAAGAAAAUCAAAGGAAUAGUGAGGAAUAUAUGAAUGCGAGGAACCUAACAGACAAUGAGGUUCUAGAGAAGAGGGAGAAACCUCUGACGCCACCAGUGGAGAAAGAGAAAACUCAAACUGUGGAAAAACUGCAGUCUGUCGAAAAAGAGAAGCCUCAAACGACUCAGUUAUCACCACGUUCCAUAAACGAUAGGUUAAGACAGCCAAAAAUGCAGCAAAAACUUACAGAGGGUCAAAAUAAGGCUAUGAGUCCUGAGCCGCCUAUAUCUCCAUUGGCUGACGAUAAGACCAAAGGCGUUCAGUUCCGAUUGGGCAACCAAAACAGCACCAACGAGGAACAAAUGAUCCCCGCUCAGCCUGUUGUCCCAGAACCCCAAAAGCAAGUUGGUGCUCGCCCAGCAUCGACCAAUAACCAAUCUUUGAAGCAAAGGAUCAACAAUCUGGUGCUGAAAACGUUGCAGGAAAACACGGGCAAAGAACGGCAAAGUUACAUGAACAAUCAGCUACAUAAUGAUUCAUGGCGCACUAAAGUGUUUCAGAGUACCCGGGUGAUAUGCAGCACCAGGGAAUGUCAGAUGGUUAUUGAUGAGAUCAUUAAUAGGGCGCCCAGAAAUACGGAUCCUGCUUGGCCGUUUACUGCUGACAGGGCCGUGAUUGGAUUUGACUGUGAAGGCAUCAAUCUUGGCGUCAAGGGACAGCUUACUCUAAUGCAAAUUGCUACGAUGAAUGGUCAAGCAUUCGUCUUCGAUUUGAUAUCAUGCCCACAAAUGAUCGACUAUGGAUUGAGAAGGUUACUGGAAUCUCUGGAUGUUGUAAAGAUUGUCCAUGACUGUAGGAACGAUGCAGUCAACCUCUACAACCAAUUCAAUAUUACCUUGAAGACAGUAUUUGACACGCAAGCUGCUCAUGCGAUCAUAUGUUAUCAGGAAACGAAUAGACCUGUGUACAAAGCCAAAAGUGUAGCUUUAAAUGCCUUGUGCGAAUGUUAUGGAGCGCCGGUUAACCCUAUAAAGGAUCAGCUCAAAAAUAUAUACAGGAGGGAUCAAAAAUAUUGGUCCAGGAGGCCACUGACUAGAGAAAUGGUCUUGUACGCUUCUGCUGAUGUUUUGAGUUUGGUGCACGAAAAGUUGUACUAUAAUUUGUCCAGGGCUAUUAAAGAGGAGAAUAGGCCGCUAAUGAUGGAACUUUGUGAAGAACAGAUUUAUAUGCAUAUUUCUCCGGAAACUAUAAAAUUGAAGAAAAGACAAAGAAAAACAGAAACUGAGGUAGCUGAAUUGAGAGUGAAAUUAGCGCAAGCGACUAAAAGUGUGGUUUUAAGUAACAGAGAAGUUAGACUACUCAGGUACAUUGAGCUGACAGACGACGAAAAGGAGAAACUAAAAUCAUCAGCAAAAGUGGCGAAGAAGCUAGAAAAAUUGGAAAGUUUAGGCCAAGAACGAGAUGGUGAUUCAUCUGAUGACGAAAGGGAAAAUGAUCAAGAUUAUCCUAGUCUCGAUAGUGACGUUGCAUCUCCUAGAAACUCUGAACCGACUAGUCUGACAGAAUCUAUGCAACUUGUCGAUUCCAUCCUCAGUGACAACAAAAUUGACAGGUUCGAUAAGAUCGAUAAGUUGGAAUCGAUCCUGAGCUCCGUGGCGCUGCUGUCAAGCGGAGAGAGCGAUUCUUUAGGCAAGUGUUGCAAAUGCGGUUGCCACAACGGUUUCAGUAACGGUCUGAAACCGGAAAGAGUUGUAUCUCCAACUGACAUAGAAUACAUCAGCUGCGUCAAAGACACUGAUCCUGAAUAUGUCAAGGAGAACCACAGGAAUACUGGCACGCAGACACUUAGUACAGGGGAUGUGGUGGUUACUAAGGUCUCCUUCCACAUGGAUGGGGAGUAACAAAUACGUAGGAUGGAGAUGAUAGAAGUUUUUAGAUUAUGUUUGUGUACUCUCCGCAGGUUCUCUUUGUGCAUAAGGCUGAGGUCACACGUUAAGCGCUGAGGUGGGACGCAAGGAUGAAAAGAGGUCAUAUAGGAUUCUUGAUGGUGAGACAAGUUAUUAUGAAAAUAACGCAAAGCAACUUUAGACAUUUUGAAAUUCGUGUGGUCAAGGUUUAGGUGAAAUUGUUGCUCAUCUUGGAUCACUGUCAAAAGAGCAAAUUCUGAAGACUUAAGUUUUGCUGGACUUUGCAUUGUUGUGUAUUUCGUUAGGCGGAUGUCACAGUAGAUCUCUUUAGAAUGCUCCAAUUACAGUGAAUCUAAUAUUUUUCAAGAGUUUUACCACUUGCCUAACGCGUGUUUCCUUAAAUAUUUGAGCUCAUUUAGAUUGAAACUCUAAUCAUAUAUAAUAAUAAUCGUCUUUAUUGGGAAUAUGCCAUACAAAUGGACAUACACUCCAAAAGGUGGAGUUCAUAUAAAUGUGUUCUUCCACUCAACCCUGAAAUAGCAAAGAGACAAAAAUACAGCUGCAAGGUGUGCAAUAAAACCAACCACUGAAUGACAAAUACAAUUAGAAUUUAUACGAAGGCAUACGAGGCCGGUCCGAUAAGUACUUAGCCUACAAAACAAAAACGAAAAUUGUGGACAAGUGGCGAUUUAUUUUUCAACAGUCUCCUCCACUUGUAACAUAAGCCGUAGCAUUUUUUUUAAGGACGACAGUGUCAAAGACUGGGGUUCCAUAGGCAACUGAUUAUAGAUCUUUUAUAUACAAUAUGUAAAAGAUCGUUUAUCAAACAAGUUCCAUUACUUUACACUGGAACAUCUACAGAAAUUUAAUUUCUAAUGUGCUCACCUCUAGGAACCCCAUAAAUAAGACGUUCAUGAAUUUUGCAUAAGCUGAAUUCGAUCACUGUCAGGUUUGGUUAUGCACCCCAAGGAUCAGAAACAGAAAGUACCAAUCACAUUGAGUACGUUUAUAAAUAAGCUUUAAUUUCGGAAAUGAUGCUCUAAUUUUAUUCAUAACUUAGCGAAAGUCCCUAUCAAUUUAUACGCCAAGAUUAUCAUUUUUAACUAAAGGUAUCAGCUUCCAUCUAUUUCUAUGCCCAGAAUUAGAUACAUGAUUUCCAGACUUAUUUCUUACAAAACACGUACAGUCUUCGAUUUAACAGGAUUUAGAACCAGGCUUUGAUUUUUUGAGGCUACACUAAAGCCUUCAAGCCUUCAUUAACUUGUCUCUAUUAUUUGUUAAACGGGUUCAUACUUAAAGAGCAUAUAAACUUGGACGCCGUCGGUAUACCCGCGAGUAGAGCAGGUUUUAAGAUAUGAGUGCAACUAAUAUGUGUAAACAUUAUACAGAAGAGGCCCUAAAAUAGAACCUUGGGGUACUCCACUGAGGACAAGUUAAUAUAACGUGUCUGGUGUUCAAUAAAACGGUUUGGCGAGUGGUAAAACUCUGUUCUAGUGACCUUCAGUGCAGCCCCAGCUUAACUUUUUCUUCGGAGGGCUAGAUGAAAAAAGUUUCGCAGAUAUCUGAAAGUUUUAAAUGGAAGUGGAGUCUUUCUAAUGACAAAUACAUGAAAAGUCCAAAAUUCAGUAUUUUGCUUGUAUAAUUUUUAAAUUAAAUUUUAUAAAUAGUCGGUAAACUGGAGAUUUUAGGGCAUAAAAAGACCUUCAAUUUUAUUUUUUAAGAAGUUAAAAUCGAUAAACAAUCAGAUAAAUACGGGGCUUUUUAGCAAUAUUGAAUAAAUGUUUAUAACUAUUGGGAUAGCAACUGAAAAUGGCUUAAAUUUUGUGAGAAUGUGGGCAUCGUUGGUGUUAAUAUGUGUGCUAAAUUUCAGCCGGAUCGUUUUAUUAGUUUAUGUAAAAAGCUAAUUGUUUAUCCCAGAGACGAAUUAUUCAAACAACUGUUCUUGUCCAAGAUAUGAUCCUAGAAUACUUUACAAAAGUGAAAUGGAUUGUUGAAGGUUUCAACUUCAAGAAUUCAUGCAAAAAAUUAAUUUGUUAAAAAUAGCCAUUUUUAUGGUUAUAAACAUUUACAAUAACUCCAUCAUUUUUCAAUAUACAUAAUUAUUUUAACAAGUUGAUCUGGAUAGGUGGUUAAAAAAUGCAUAUUUUUAAAAAAUGUCUUCUACCAAUAGGAGCCAAGAUUUUUUUAAAUUCAUAUCUCCUUUUAUUUUCAUGUUAUUUUAUCUUUAAAUGAUUUGCGAUACAUGCACUUCUUUCGUAAUACGAGCAAAUAAUACAUUCAAAUUGUAUAAUUUGCCACCAGUACUAAAUUUUCAGCUUUUCCCAUUGUUUAUAAAAAAACAAUGCAUAUCUGGCUGUAUCUUUUUAAGUAUUUAUCAUUAGAACAACUUUGAGAUAUCUGCUAAACUUUUUUAGCCUGGGCUAUAUGUCCCUAUUGGAAAGACUUUGAAAGAGGGGUUCUCAGCCUUUGUUUUUAAUAAUAGAAACCAAAAACGUGUAACUUAUGUUGCACUCCAUUCUAAGGGAUGUACUUAUGCAUAUUUUGAGUUUAAUCUCUUUGUCUGUUUAGUUGAACAUUUACGGCGAAAGCAUAGUGCUAGAUGUAAGCUUUAUUUUUUUGUAUUAGUGAGCUUUUCUGCUAAACAGAUAAAAUUAUAGAAUGUAUGUGGAAAUUUUAACAGAAAAAAGGAUUUUACAUUGGCACUGGAUAUAAAAUUCCUAUAGGAUAUCUUGCUCAAUAUUUUAUCUGCUUUAUAACUCUGUAAAGUAUUUUUCCCUGAUAACACAGUAGGUAAAGCAGACAUAUUUUUUUCAAUGUAAAAAUGUGCUCAACAAAGUUUUAUUUUGUUAGUUAGAAAUUUUAUAUAUUGCAGCUUGUAUAUCACAAUCCUAUUUUUCAUUAUAAGUAUCGCCAAAUAUUUUGUGUGAAAAAUGGAUUGGUAUAUGGUUUGAUUUUAUUCGCAAAUCGAUAUGGUACUUAAUAGAAGAAUGCAUAAUUGAGCAAUAUUUGUGAAUGUGAUUGUUUUAUAUAGAAGGAUUAGCAGUGGUUUUUUACACAAAUUGGCGUUUUUAUUGAAUUUUAUUUAUACACGUUAUAAUGUUUGUAAUUGUAAUGAAAAAAAAAACAUUUCCAACAAUUGAUUGUAUAUAUUACAUUCCGGUAUCAACCCUCAAAAUUCACGAAUUUUUACAUAAUUACCUUGGUGCCUUUUAUAAAUAUUCUACAACUAACCCAUAUGAAACAUAUAGCUAGAAGACUGAAAUUGGGUCAAAGUAUUCUUCAUUCCCUUUUGUUAUUGUCAGUCUUGUUUAACAUAAAACUGCUUAACAGAAACCUUAAAGUUUAUUGUCAUGGUUUUCAUUACUAUAACAUAACAGCUCAAAUAAUUCAAAUGUAUACUACGAGUAUAAAAAAACGGUAAAUUUUUUGUUAUUUCAAAGUGCCUAAUGAAUUUUUUCUUUUCACGUAAUUCGGUACACUUUUCGGUAAUUUCAAUAGAUUUUUGGGUUUUUGUUCCAGUUAUUUAGUAUGAUGUUUAGAGGCAAUAUUAACUCUUUAUAUUUGUUUACAGUCCAGAUUUUUAUCUGGUAUAUAUUGUGCUCUUACCCAAAGGUGGUAUGUUAUAUUUUAUGUUGAUAUCGCAGACUAAUAUUUUUACACAGGAAGCUUAUUUUUCCGGCAAUUUUAUUAACAAUUAUAUAAUAUAUAGCAGAAUAUGUUGCUGCCAUAUUUAUCAAUUUAUUGUUAACAAAAAGUUAUUAAUUUAUUAAAAAGUGAUAGCGCUAGUGCAGUUUGAUUAUGCAUAGCACUUUUUUAUUGUGAAACAUUUUAAUCGUAUUUUUUUGUAUAAAAGUAUAUAAUCAUAGUCUUUUAUCUUAACUAGCUUAAGAUAUCUCAAGACUAUUAACCCAUUGUUUUAUCGAAAAAAGCAAUAUUCAUGUAUUUUUAACAUACAUUUUGUUUGCUGGUAGAGGUUCUAUUAUUAUUUAUCCUGUUUGUAAUGAUAUUAAACACAAAAAAUAAAGAGAACAAACAGAAUUAACA